GUACGAAUACGGAAAGUUAGCCAGAAAUAGCAUAUCUGUAUUUGAAAUUCGAAUUGCCUUUCAUAGGCGAUUACAAAUGGUAACUGCCGAACAUAAUAAUGACUAAAUUAAUUACAACAUUAAUACGGAAUUAAACACAUAAUUAAGUCGCGCAUUGAUUGUUGGCCGUUACUCUUCCUGGCUGGCAGGUCAGCCUGGUUGACAGGCUGGACGCUUGAGCUCCCUCCUGCUAGACUGGACGGUGGGCUUCCCGCUAGGCUGGAGGAAGGCUUCUGACCGGGCUGGAGGCAGGCUCCCGGGUAGGCUGGAAGGCAGGCUCCCCGUUGGGCUGGAGGCAAGCUCCCACCUGGGCUGGACCGCAGGCUCCCAGUUGGGCUGGAGCGCAGGCUCCCAGUUGGGCUGGACCGCAGGCUCCCAGCUGGGCUGGUGGUCGGCAGGCUCCUGGCUAGGCUGGAAGGCAGGCUCCCGGGUAGGCUGGAAGGCAGUCUCCCGGGUAGACUGGAAGGCAGGCUCCCCGUUGGGCUGGAAGGCAGGCUCCCCGCUGGGCUGGUCGACAGGCUCUCUUGGGCUUCCGCUCCUUGAUUGCCCUGAUUGGUUGGGCCGACUCGAGCUCUAGGUUGCUGGGCUUGGGCCCGCUGGUCCAAAUUCGGGGCCUGGGCCGAUUUGGCUCUGGGCCUGGUCCCAUAACCCCAUCAAUUUUCUUUAUAAUGAUAAGAGAAAUUAAAGCCAACGUAGUUCUUUGUAUUUAUUAUACAAUGUAAUACGAAAAAUUAAUAAUCAAAAUAAUCUCUAUUCCGCUCUUGAUCUUUACAAUUUUUGUUUUACUUUUUAAAAUAGAUAAUUACCUUAAAUUAUAGUAUAAUAACGCAUAUCACUCGAGCUUAAGGAUUAGGAAAUAUAUUAAUAUGUAUUAUAUUAUAUGAAAUUAUUAUAUUUCUACUUCAAAUUUUAGGCAGGUAACAAUAUAUGACCUUUCCAAAUCUACACCUAGUAGUCAAAAGUAAGAUGCGUAAGAUUCUAGGGCUUUAAAUAAUCCUUAUACAACAAGGCCCGAAUUUGUUAUAUCAAGAAGCUAAUUAAGACCCGAAUUUCCAUAAAUCCGAGUCCUAUAAGAACCCAUUCCUUUGUUACUUAUAAAUAAAUACCGCACCCUCAUUCGUAUAACGUACUUGUCCAGCGCUUUUCCAGCUCUCCUUUUCAGUUCAUAACAAUGCCGACUUCCAAUAGCCUAAAAAAGCGAAAGGUUUCUGAGAUUGAUUCCAUAGCGGCGGCAAAGGAAUGUGAUGUUUUCAGCAGUCCCAUUGCUGACUUGAUCCUUAUGAAUUCAAAGGCUGAUGAUACUUUUCCGGCGAGUAAUCGGACAAUGAACCGGAAGACGAAGAUCGUUUGCACGCUCAGGCCGACGUCUCAGUCCGUCGAGAUGAUACAACGGCUUCUCGUCGCCGGCAUGAACGUAGCCCGCUUCAACUUCUCUCAUGGAUCUCAUGAAUACCACCAACAAACUCUCGACAACCUUCGAAUCGCCGUGCGUAACACCUCUAUCCCUUGCGCCGUCAUGCUCGACACUAAGGGUCCAGAGAUUAGAACCGGAUUUCUCAAAGACGGCAAAUCUAUCCAUUUACAACAAGGCCAAGAGAUCACAAUCACCAGUGACUAUUCCGUCCUCGGGGACGAAACCCUAAUCGCUGUCUCCUAUCACAAGCUUGCAACCGACGUCUCUCCGGGUAGUACAAUCCUCUGCUCAGACGGAACAGUCACAUUGACGGUGUUGGAAUGCAACGAGGAGUCGGGCCGAGUUCGGUGCCGGUGCGAGAACACUUGCGUGUUGGGAGAACGGAAGAACGUGAAUCUCCCGGGCGUGGUCGUGGAUCUGCCAACAUUGACAGAGAAGGACAAGGAGGACAUUCUCCGAUGGGGAGUUCCUAAUAAGAUUGACAUUAUUGCUUUGUCUUUUGUUCGUAAAGGAUCUGAUGUAGUCAUGGUGAAGGAGUUGCUUGGGGAGCACGCCAAGAACAUUGUGAUCAUGUCAAAAGUUGAGAAUCAGGAAGGCAUUGAUAAUUUGGAUGGGAUCCUGGAGAAUUCAGAUGCUUUCAUGGUGGCCAGGGGUGAUUUGGGGAUGGAAAUUCCAAUUGAGAAGAUAUUUCUUGCGCAGAAAGUAAUGAUCCGCAAGUGUAACGUGCUCGGCAAGGCAGUUGUCACGGCGACGCAGAUGUUGGAAUCGAUGACCAAAUGCCCACGCCCCACGCGCGCUGAGGCUACGGAUGUUGCAAACGCCGUCUUAGACGGAACCGAUUGCGUCAUGCUCAGCGGCGAGACGGCGGCUGGCGCAUACCCGGAAGAGGCCGUGAGAACCAUGGCUAAUAUCUGCUCAGAAGCUGAAAAGUGCAUCAAUUACCAGGUGGUUUUCAACAAGGCCUUGGAAAAUUCUCCGGCGCCGAUGAGUUCAGAGGAAAGCUUGGCCUGCUCUGCCGUCCAGGCAGCGAGUUCUAUUAAAGCUGCCCUAAUUGUUGUAUUCUCCGAUGACGGCGGCGCAGCCAAAUUGGUGGCGAAGUAUAGACCUGGCAUGCCCAUUCUGUCGGUGGUGAGCUCCGACGAUGCUCCGGUGGGACACGGACUGAUACACCGAGGGAUAUUCCCGAUUUCUUGCACUGAAUUGAAAAUAGUCAGGAUGAUUGUGGAUUGCAGUGAUGUGGCAGAUCCAGCCUUUGGAUACGCAAAGGAUAAUAAGCUCUGCCACUCCGGUGACAUUGUUGUGGUGCUCCGCCUCGCCGGAGAAGGCACGAUAGAGAUAUUGACCAUCAACUAGUUGGGAGAAGAGACAAUUGUUUAUGAGUUUUUUAUGUCUCGAAAAGUUUUGAUCUCAUUACUUUCUGUUUUGUUAAUUUGUUUUUCUCAUUAGUUUAAUGGAGAAAAUAGACUAGAAAUAUUGGCAUGCUAUUCCAAAUUUAAAACUUCAGCUGUUAAUUAGAUUGUUUUUUUGCCAAAUUUUUGUGGCAUCUUUU